UGCGCGCCAUCCGCCCGCGGUCAUGAGACGCAAGAGGAGCUGUGGCGGGAAUGGGGAACAGCCGGCUCUUCCUUUUCCCAAGGAGAAACCUUCUGUGGUUUGCCCUGCUUCCACUGGCAACUGCUGCUCAAUUACCUCUGGUGAUCAACACCUGGGCGUUUAGGAAGGCGACAGAGACAGCUUGGAACACUUUACAAGAAGGAGGUUCAGAAUUGGAUGCAGUAGAAAAGGGCUGUGGCCAGUGUGAGAUUGACCAAUGUGAUGGAAGUGUGGGGUAUGGAGGAAGUCCAGAUGAACAUGGAGAAACAACAUUGGAUGCCAUGAUUAUGAAUGGUAACACUAUUCAGGUUGGAGCAGUAGCAGAUCUCAGACGCAUUAAAAACGCCAUUGGUGUGGCACGAAAAGUGAUAGAACAUACCAGACAUACCUUACUGGUUGGAGAGUCAGCCUCAAUGUUUGCGGAAAGUAUGGGGUUUCCAGCUGAAGACUUGACAACACAUAACUCUCUUUCAAUAUAUCUAAAGUGGCUUAACCAAAGUUGCCAGCCCAACUUCUGGAAGAAUGUUACACCAGAUGCUUCAAAAUCAUGUGGCCCAUACAAACAGACUGGAAAGUUCAAUAAGGAGGAACAAAAUGUCUUGGAGAGGAACAUACAAGUUCAGAAUCAUGAUACUAUUGGCAUGAUUGUGAUUGGGAAGACUGGAAGCAUUGCUGCAGGGACAUCCACAAAUGGUGCAGACCACAAAAUUCAAGGACGUGUAGGUGAUUCUCCGAUAGCUGGAGCUGGGGCAUAUGCUGAUAGUACAGCUGGAGGUGCAGCUGCUACCGGAGACGGGGAUGUUAUGAUGCGCUUCUUGCCCAGCUAUCAAGCAGUGGAGUAUAUGCGAAUAGGAAUGGAUCCAACAAUGGCAUGCCAAAAAGUUAUAUCUAGGAUUCGGAAGUAUCAGCCCUCCUUCUUUGGUGCUGUUAUCUGUGCCAACACGAGUGGAAGUUAUGGUGCUGCCUGCAAUAAACUUCCAGGAUUCACACAAUUUCAUUUUAUGGUUUCUAAUCCCACUUUGAAGCAACCCUCGGAGCAAAUCAUAGACUGCAUUUAACAUUUCACCUCUCUUAGCAACAGCACCUACACUUAGCAUAGUAGGAAAGAAGGGAAGACUCACAAUGCAACUCUGUACACUUCUAGUGAGUUUAGUAGGAUUUAUCCAAAGUAAACAAAUAUAAGAUUACUACCUAAAUUAAAUUUUGAGAGGAAACACAUUUACACCAAUUACCCCUAUUGUAAUUAAAUUUUAAUUUUCUGUGUUGCCAGUAUUUACGUGUCACACAAUUUUAAGUUGCCAAUACUUUUGUAAAGUUAAAAUAGAUAGGCAAAAACUUCAUGAAAACAGGCUUCUGCUCUUGCAGCAGGAAUUUCUCUCCAUAUUUACACAAGUGUCCCAUUUUUAAGAAAUCUCAUUAUGUAUGUGUAAAUAGGCAGCGACGGCCAACAGCUCAGGCAUGGACUGGUCCAUGAGGUCACGAAGAGUCAGAAAGGACUGAAUGAAUAAAGAAGAAGAAGAAGAAAUGCAUAAAGAAAUACUGGUAUUUCAAAAAAAUUUAAAAAAUCUGAAAUCCAAAAUCCCAAGCAAUUUGAAAAGGGAUAUUCAUCCUGUAUUUCUAUCUGUGGUUCCCAAAUCUGUAACCUUCCACAGCUUUUUAAGGUACACACAAGUUGGAGAGCUCUGAGCCCCUUUUAAGUGACAUAUGAAAACUGAUAGUAAUUUGAUUUGCUUAAUUAGGCAACAUUAAAGCUGAUGUGUCAUUUCUCAAGUUCUGCUAAAGCUGCCUGACAUUAACUGGAUUUGUCAAGACUCGGCUGCUUGAACAGAAGUCCACAAAGUCAUCUUUCUCCUUGGAUGGAUCAGCUGAAUUCUGCUGUGAAAGAUCUAUUGCAGCUGAUUUCCUGCAGGGAUGAGGGAUAUCCCUGGAAAGGUCCUGAAAAAGGAGACAUGUUGAAUCUCACAGGAAGAGUUAGAAAUACAAUUUUAAGACAAUUAUUUGGACAGUUUUCGGAGCUGAUAUUAACACUUGACAUAUGGUUGCUGAUUUCCUUCUUCCCUAUUCUCUUUUGGUUGCACUGGUCUUUCGUUCUUAAAUAAUUACUGGCCUGAUGUCAGAAAAGCCAUUUAUGAAAUACAUUAAUAGUGAAUUUACAUGAAUCCUAGAAUUUUUGCAUCAGUAUGAAAUUAUGAAGUCUGUUUUCCCCCAUAAAAUUCAUGAUUUUUUAAAACAAAACAAGGAAUUCAACUUUUUAUUCUAGUGUUUACCAAAAUAAUGCAUCUCAUCUGUGAUUCCAAUAUAUAUGAACCAAUCUGACAUCUCUUACGCACCAACACAGGCAUUUACUAGUUAUUAUUUGUCAUCGUCCCCCCUCCUACUCCAUGUUACAGUGCUACAGUUAGGAUAAUAUGUCAGAGCCAUUACACGCUCUUUAUAUCGGAUAUGGCCAUGGAAACGGUCAUGGUCUCCAAGCCAACUGCUUUUGCUCAACCUGCCGUGUAAUUCUGAUAGAAUUAUAUGGGGUAGUAUGAGGGGAUGGAGACAUAUGCCAACCAAGAUUAUUUAUCAGGCUGUUGCUUGUUUUCUUCCCUUGUCCCCCAUAGCUCUUCAAAACAGUUACUCCUUCCUUUUGAGUAUCCAAAACUUUGGUCCAUACUGUUUACAGUCCUAACUUUAAGCCAACCUUAAUGACAUGUAGGACCAACACACGUGACUCAUACGUUCAUAAGUAGCCACUAAACCAGGGUUGGAAGGUUAUGGGUUAAUUCCUAGCAUCAGAGUAAAGCAUGAGAUAAUAAUGUGUUUACACAAAGCUUUGAGGAAACUUGCUCCACUUCUUGAACCAUUCAAGGAACUCCCAAGAUGCUUUGAAUAUUAUCCUAUAAACAGAAGAAUGUGUGGCUACAGUCUCUCUCACCCACUGAAUACUUAAAUGUAUGAAAUUCAGAAUUUAUGUUUGCCUUUUUCAUUUUUUUACUCAUUUCUUUCCUUUUUGUUUUUGGGAGCUUAUGUUGGUUCAUUUUUUUCUGUAAGGUCCAUUCAUAGCUAACCAGUCUUGUAUAUUUAGAAUAUUGUUUUAUUAUGUCAUGGAGAUCAAGUAAAGCUCUUCAAAACAAAACGUUUCAUUUGAUAUUUGGGAUCACUCAAAACAGUUUCUUCUGGAUGGUGCAGAAUGUUAUUUUUUUCAACAGUUCUUCAGUUGGUAGAUGUAUCUUUGAACUUUUAACUUGAAAGACCUAAUAGAUCUUUAACAUUCAGUUUCAAGAUGAAUCAGGAAAGCCUAUUGGUUUAAAUGAACAUCUGAAUGAUCGAGUCAUUGGAUUAUACAUGUGUCUUUGAAAGAAUGAAAAAUUACAUAACAAUAAAUAUUUAAAUAUA